CCAUGACACUACUUUUUUUUUUCGUGCACUUGUAACUAUAGCAACGUUAAAUUGUUCAACGUCGACAACCACGAAGUUAUGAGAAUUCUCUGUGCAGGUUCGACUCCCGACUUUUAUUGUGUAUCGCAGGCGUCCUUUCAGCACCAAGUGUGAGGUCGCAUACAAACUCUCAUAUAAUAGCCGUUUUCACCUCUCUCAUUCCCGAAUUGGCCACAGCACCAAGAACAUGGCGCCGCGUUCCAAUCCCUGUCGCUGUGUUCUGGCCGUGCCGCGCGCGCUCGUCUCCCAGAACAAGCGCCGAUUCCAACAGGACGGCUUCGACCUGGAUUUGGGCUACGUGCACCCGCGCGUCAUCGUUAUGGGCUACCCCGCUGUGGGCGUCGAGCUCCUCUUCCGGAACCCGCGGUCGGAGGUGCAACAGUUCCUGGAAGAGCGUCAUGGUGGAGACUAUUUCGUCUACAACUUCUGCGACGGGCCCAACAGGAGCUACCCACCGAGUAUCUUUGAUGGGCGCGUCAAGAACUAUCCCAUUGAAGAUCACAACGUCCCAACACUCCAGAUGAUGAUGGCAUUCUGUGACGAAGCUGCAGCAUGGCUGGAUGCGAAUGAGAAGCAUGUUGUGGCGCUGCAUUGCAAGGCUGGAAAAGGAAGGGCUGGUAUGAUGGCGUGUAUGCUUCUCUUACGAAUGGGCUUCUCGGCCUCUGCGACCGACGCCAUUGAUCGCUACAACCGUGAGCGCGUGAAUGAUCGUCGAGGUCUCACUGUCGUAAGUCAGAAGAAGUGGGUCAAUUACUACGCUGCAUUGCUAGCGCAGACUUCCGUGCAAGGAGAACCCAUUCUAGAACCGACUUUCGUGAUUCAGAGAUUGAAGCUGAACAACACACUGACAGCAGCAAAGCCGCCAAAGUUACGACUGCGCAUCUACGCACUACGCUCUGACGGCUCUCCCAAGACGUUGAUGCACCAACAAAUCGGCUCCAACGAGUUCGAGUUGCACGAGGAAAUCCGUGGAUGCGUCAUGCUCGAGUUCUAUCGUGAGCGUGUGAACGGAUGCAUGAGAGCCAAACACUUCAAGAUCUGGUUCAACACAUUCUUCCUCAAUCCCGACAACGAGACUGGGUGUGUUAUCUUUUCUCGCUCAGAAAUGGACUGGGCAGCUCGAGACAAAAAGUAUCGUCGAUUGCCUGCCGCUUUCGAGUUGGAGAUGGCCGUAACACGCUCGGACCGAUUGUAAAGAGCCCCACAGAGAGGCUUUACCUUUCAGUUGACCUUCGUUUUGAGCUAGUAUUUGACAGAACGGUGAACCACUAUCAUUUAUUCAUUCCUCGAACGAUCCAUUCACUAGAAAUAUAUUGCGCCUUCGGUAUUGCCAGUCUGCUCUACUUUGGCUUGAAGGGGACAGCAGUGAAAGUGUCGCUGAAGCGUUUGAACUCUGGGUGGUAGUCGAAGUUCUCCAUGAGUACGAGGAUUCCUUGGGCAUGGCGUUGCUUGGCCUCGUUAUACUGUCCUUGCAUGCUGUCCGUCGUCUCCGUGUACUUGCCCGCGAGAGGUUUGAUCUUGCUUUCGAAGAGGUCGCUCCAUUCUCUGCAUUCCUUCAAUUUGGCCUC